AAUUCUUCUGAUAAAUCCGUUUGAAAAAGUAUUUUCUACAUGUUCCAGAUCAAGCUUUCCUAGAAGAGAUUACUGACCACUAUUACAAGAAGUACAAAAAACAGGCCAUGGAUGAUACAUUCGAGGGCAAUGAAAAUAAUAAUAGCACCAUACACUCACAGUCUGAGCUAGCUAUAAAUGAAACUCACACUGAAUCUCAAAGUAAUAAAGAAAACCUACAUUGCUGGACUAGCAGUGCAGUGAAAUUAUUAUUGGACUUGCGACUAGGAAAAGAGGAGGAGUUCAAUAAGCCAGUCUGUAGAAAAAUGAAACUGUGGAAACAAAUAGCUGACCAAAUGAACAAAAUUGGCAAAUACAAUGUAUGUGGAAAUGACUGCUAUAGAAAAUAUCGGAAUUUGCUUCAAACCUACAGACAAAAUAAAGAAAAAAGACUAAAAAGAACAGGUUAA